UCGGGGCAUCUCUCUGCUGCCCGAGUGUAGAGGCUCCCUUCGCCGCGCCUCCCAGCCGCCAUCCCCCCUGCCGCCAUUCCCCGGCCGCCGCGUUGCCCAAGCCAGGAUCGUCCCAUGAUCGCCCCAUGCGGAGGGCAAAGUCGCGCCGGGGACCUUGCGAGCCUGUGCUUAGAGCUCCUCCUCCCAUCUGCUACAGCCCCAGCAGUCCUGUGCAGAUUCUAGAAGACCCCGCCUACUUCUACCCAGACUUGCAGCUCUAUUCUGGGAGGCAUGAAGCAUCUACUUUGACAGUGGAGGCAAGUGGAGGCCUAAGGGGGAAAAGCGUAGAGGACCCUCUCUCCAGCUUCCACUCCCCGAACUUCCUGAGGACGCCCGAGGUGGAAAUGAGAGGUUCUGAGGAUGUAGCAUCUGGAAGAGUGUUACAGCGGCUGAUCCAGGAACAACUGCGCUAUGGCACCCCAACUGAGAACAUGAACCUGCUGGCCAUUCAGCACCAGGCCACAGGGAGUGCAGGGCCAGCCCACGCCACCACCAACUUUUCUUCCACGGAAACCCUCACUCAAGAAGAUCCACAAAUGGUCUAUCAGUCGGCCCGCCAAGAACCGCAGGGUCAAGAGCAUCAGGGAGACAAUACGGUGAUGGAGAAGCAGGUCCGGUCCACACAGCCUCAGCAGAACAACGAGGAGCUCCCCACGUAUGAGGAAGCCAAGGCCCAGUCCCAGUUCUUCAGGGGACAGCAGCAGCAGCAGCAGCAACAGCAGCAACAGCAGCAGCAACAGCAGCAGGGACAGGGGCCCCUUAGCCACACUUAUUACAUGGCCGGAGGUACCAGUCAGAAGUCCCGCACUGAGGGGAGGCCCACAGUGAACCGGGCCAACAGUGGACAGGCACAUAAGGAUGAGGCCCUGAAAGAACUAAAGCAGGGCCAUGUCCGGUCCCUCAGCGAGAGGAUCAUGCAGCUGUCACUGGAGAGGAAUGGGGCUAAGCAACACCUCCCCAGCUCUGGAAAUGGAAAGAGCUUCAAAGCUGGAGGAGAGCCAUCCCCAGCUCAGCCUGUCUGUAAAGCACUGGACCCUCGAGGCCCUCCACCUGAAUACCCCUUCAAGACCAAGCCAAUGAAAUCCCCAGUCAGCAAGAACCAAGAUCAUGGUCUGUACUACAAUGACCAGCACCCUGGGGUACUCCAUGACAUGGUCAAACCUUACCCAGCACCUCAGCCUGCGAGAACAGAAGUGGCCGUCCUGAGGUAUCAGCCACCCCCGGAGUAUGGCGUCACCAGCCGGCCCUGCCAGCUGCCUUUUCCAUCUACGGUGCAGCAGCAUAGCCCCAUGUCCUCUCAGACCUCCUCCAUUGGUGGUACUCUGCACUCCGUUUCCCUGCCUCUUCCACUUCCCAUAAGCCUGGCGGCUUCACAGCCCCCACCGGCCUCCCCCAGCCAGCAGCUUGGACCAGAUGCCUUUGCGAUUGUGGAGCGAGCCCAGCAAAUGGUAGAGAUCCUGACAGAGGAGAACCGUGUGCUUCACCAGGAGCUUCAGGGCUGCUAUGACAACGCUGACAAGCUCCACAAGUUUGAAAAGGAGCUGCAGAGCAUUUCGGAGGCCUAUGAGAGCCUGGUCAAGUCCACCACCAAGCGUGAGUCUCUGGACAAGGCAAUGAGAAACAAGCUCGAAGGCGAGAUAAGGAGACUGCAUGACUUCAACAGAGAUCUCCGAGAUCGACUGGAGACAGCCAACAGGCAGCUGUCCAGCAGGGAAUAUGAUGGGCAUGAAGACAAAGCUGCAGAGAGCCAUUACGUGUCCCAGAACAAAGAGUUCUUGAAGGAAAAGGAAAAGUUGGAAAUGGAGUUGGCAGCAGUGCGUACGGCGAGUGAGGACCAUCGGAGGCACAUCGAGAUCCUGGACCAGGCUUUGAGCAAUGCGCAGGCCAGAGUGAUCAAACUGGAGGAAGAGUUACGAGAGAAGCAAGCCUAUGUGGAAAAGGUGGAGAAGCUGCAGCAGGCCCUGACCCAGCUGCAGUCAGCGUGUGAGAAGCGAGGGCAGAUGGAACGCAGGUUGCGGACCUGGCUGGAGAGGGAGCUAGAUGCUCUGAGGACACAGCAGAAACAUGGCACAGGCCCUCCAGUCAGCCUCCCGGAAUGUAACGCUCCUGCCCUCAUGGAGCUGGUGAGGGAGAAGGAGGAGCGGAUCCUCGCCUUGGAGGCCGACAUGACCAAGUGGGAGCAGAAGUACCUGGAAGAGAGCACUAUCCGGCACUUUGCCAUGAGCGCAGCUGCCGCUGCCACAGCCGAGAGGGACACCACCAUCAGCAACCACUCAAGGAAUGGCAGCUAUGGGGAGAGCUCCCUGGAGGCCCACAUCUGGCCAGAGGAAGAAGAAGUGGUGCAGGCCAACAGGAGGUGUCAGGACAUGGAGUACACUAUUAAAAACCUCCAUGCCAAAAUCAUAGAGAAGGAUGCCAUGAUAAAGGUCCUGCAGCAGCGAUCCCGUAAGGAUGCUGGGAAGACGGACUCUGCCAGCCUGCGGCCUGCCCGCUCUGUCCCAUCCAUUGCUGCGGCCACUGGGACACAUUCUCGCCAGACUUCCCUUACCAGCAGCCAGCUGGCAGAAGAGAAAAAGGAAGAGAAGACCUGGAAAGGGAGUAUAGGAUUCUUGCUGGGAAAGGAACACCAGGGACCGGCGUCUGCCCCUCUGCUGCCAACAACACCUGCCUCUGCAUUGUCCCUUCCAGCCUCUACCACGUCGGCCAGCAGCACCCACGCCAAGACGGGCAGCAAGGACAGCAGCACACAGACCGACAAGAGCACCGAGCUCUUCUGGCCCAGCAUGGCUUCCCUCCCCAGCCGUGGCAGGCUGAGCACAGCCCCUUCUAACAGCCCCGUCCUAAAGCAUCCAGCUGCCAAAGGAGCCGUGGAGAAGCAGGAGAACUCUCCUGGUCAUGGGAAGUCAUCGGAGCACAGAGGCCGAGUCAGCAAUUUGCUGCACAAGCCUGAGUUCCCAGAUGGUGAGAUGAUGGAGGUGCUCAUCUAGCAUCAUCCUGUGGCGUUUGCCAGCAUGCUGACAGAUGAGACCAGAGGCUGAAAGAAGAGAUCCAGAUGGGCAGUUGCAGUAGCAACUGCAAAACCAGGACAGGUGUGGACACGUCACAAUGUUACCAAAACAGCUGGCUCACGUAUCUGCAGAGGGAGUGAGAGAGGACGCAUGCAGGCUUGGAAGCAGAGUAGAGAAGGAGGAGGAGUGGAAUUUUCCAUUAUAGAGAAAUUGUAUGUCUUAGGGAGGCUCCAUGCUUCCCCAUUCUUGGCUUAUAAACAGAUGAAGAAGAGCUGGGCCUUCCUUGGAAUCCCCUUGUUCCCUUUGCCUUUUAGCAGGUUUGGUUUAAGAAGAAUCUGCUAGAAAUCCUGAAAGCCCAUCUCGGCAUAAUGGCGUGUGUGUGUGUGUGUGUGUGUGUGUGUGUGUGUGUGUGUCCUUAGCAAAUACAUCCAGGAUAAUGGGGAUUUCAAGUUUUGUCACCUUCUUGGCUGUUUCGUUUGUGGUCUCAGAGAGUGUGAAGCUUUGCUUGUUUGGAUUGAAUGGUAUUUUCUGAGUAGGAUGUGAGCGAGAUGUCCUUGCCCUCAUCCACCCUGACUUCUUUGAGCUUAUCUGUCUCAUCUCUACUUACUAUUUUGUUGUUGUAUUUUUCCUGUUUAAUUAGACAUAGCAGAGUUCCUUAUAUAUGGGACUUAGGAGACUACCAUCCUUGCUGUGUGUGGUGUCCAGAUGGACAGAGCCUCCUGUUGGCACCCCAGCUGCUCAUCCCACCUUUGCUUAGCAGAACUGCAGCUGUCAGCCUUACUGUGAGCUAGAGAUACCUGGCUGAGGAGUCCACGAGUUGCUGACAUAACAUCAUGCCUCUGAUGUGCGUCUCUCUCACGUCCACACUCUUGCUAGGAGGUUGACAAUUACACCCCAUCGCCCUGUGGGGAAGACUUCCUUGUGAACAGGUGCCACAGGAACCCAUGAUGGCUUACCCAGAACUCUCUAGGUAGCAUGGGAGGUCUCAGCAGGCAUCCCCAGCCUUUCUUGUAUUCGAAGCUCUCAAGUCUGUUGUUGCUCUCCCCUGCCCCAUUCUGCCCUGGUUGCUGUUGAUAAGCACAGUGCCAUCCCUGAUCAAUUCUUUUUCCCUGUGAAUUUGUUUCAUAACCCAUCAGACUGGUAGACACACAGCACCGUCAGUCUCACACAAGGGACACGACUUACCUGAAGUGAGGCAGCAAAGUCAUGGAAAUGAGCCCCUGUGAACGAGAGACUGGACCUGAGGCUGCUGCCACAAGCUCUUAUGUUCAUUGCUGUGGAUGCUGGCUUCCUGGAAACCCCAGAAGAAGCUGCCCAGGGCACAAGGGGGUAAACUAUCUCUAGAUCAGUAAGGUUUAUUUUCCAAGUCCCCUUCCUCAUCACUCCUUUUUGGCUCAAAAGAAAAAUGAAAAGUGGUAAUUCUGUGACUUCAAGUCCCUCUUAAAUGCAGCACUGAAGAUAGCUUGGCUCAGAGAGCUCUGCUUGGAUCAUGUGUCCUAGGACUUGUCCCUAGAGUGAGACUGUGGCCUCCCCAGGUUGAGGUGGUACAUGUAUUGUGAGAGACGUAGCCUGGAGAACAGAGAAGAGGAGAGGCAAGGGGAGGAGAGAGCAGUGGUAUUUCCCUACAGGACCCUGGGCCAUCUGACAAGACAGAGGAGGUGGGACUAGAUUACCCACACUCCACUUGGCAGUGAGAACCAGGCUGGGAGCCUCCCAUCCCCUCCUUACCUCUUCUCUCAGAUCUUGCAGCCUGAGUACUGAGCUUGCCCUGUGCUCUGUGGGGAAGGGAGUGAGAAGGCAGCAUAAGAGGUCUUGCCAGUUGAGACAGAAGCAGGUAGAUGUAGGAACUAUUUUGGAUAGGGCAUGUUGUUCAGUUGAUGGCAACUAAUUCUCUUAAGAACAUAUUGUCUCCUAUUAAUCUUGGGGACAAACCCAGAAAGGGAAGGAUAUAGAGAUGGGGAAUUAAUGAGCCCUUCCAGCCCUGAGGACAUGUCUGAGCCACCCCAAACUUAGGCUAUCUCUCAGCAUAGGAGUGAGACUGCCCAGUUGACUCAAAUUCUAGUGUACAUGUUCCAGACACAUUGCACACACGGGCAGAAAGUCUCCCAUUCCAGCCCCCUACCUCCCUGCAUUGUCAGUCCGUUUCAGUUAUCUGAAAACAAAGGGGACACAGACCGGGCUUUAACUGCAAGAGAACUGUGGCUUUUGUUCAAGAGUCCAUGUUAAGAGAGAGAGGGGCUAUGGCUUUAAGAUAGAGGCCCUUCAAUUUUCUGUCCUUGUAAUUCUCUUGAAGGGUGCAUGACAAAGGAGCCCCAGGCACUUGGGAGCCUCCAUGGGAUCUAAACUCUUUUGACACCAAACAACAGUACUACAUAGGUAUUUUGGUACAAACUGUGAAAGCACUAGAAAAAGUGCCUGUUGAAUGGGAGGUUGUGUUGAGAAACGAGGCCAGGUUCUCCCUCCUGGUUGCUCAGAUGCAGACGCUGGACCCAGGAGGCAUACAGCCCAUCUCCAAGCUUCACUACAGAUGCUAGCACUUAAAGCAAAGCCUCGGAAGAGGAGGCUCAGUCACAGGCUGCACGGCCUUGAACAUGCGCAGCACUGUGCCUGGUGCUCUGUGGCCCAACUUGUGAUACUUGUGUGCACACAGGGAAGCUGACACAACUCUCAGGGCCUGAAACCAGGACUAAACCCAAGCCUCAUAUAACUAAGCACACCGCUACCAUCCACAGGCGUGGAUGGAGGUCUUCAUGUUCUGUUGUAGCACAACUACAAAGCAAGUUAAAAAGUAGAAAUAAAAAUCCUUCCUCAUAGUGCAGAAGGCUCGUCUUCAGAUCUCUUGGAGCAUUUGAUCAUAGAACUUGAGGGUCUUCUCUUGGGAUAAAGGAUAAAUAAAGGCUGUGGCACUUAGUGGUGGUUGGCCAGCAUCCUGCUUUGUCCUUGAGUGAGCAGUGUGGUGAUGCCUGAAUACUUCCAGGUGUCGUGUGGAACCUGAGAAGUGUUGAGGUCAUGUCUCUGUCCCUGUGGUUUCAGUAAGUAGAUUCUUCUGUGUGUAAGCACUAUUCCUCUCUGGAGGUUCAUAGCACUAAGCUGCCAAGAAAAACACGUUCAUUUGCAAAGAAUUAAGAGUGUGUGCUAAACACUUGUCAUUGUUCUUUGUUUCUCAGAAGCUAGUGACCAGCAACGGUGGAGUGUUCAGCGAGUCCCCACCAUGCCUGCAGGGUGGGGCUGUUCCCUUCCACACCCAGCUUUCCUUAGGGAUGGAGAUAGGGAAUGGUGGGACCUGUGUUAUUCCGUCCCGCAGAGGUCUCUCUUUGGAGCCCAUGUAUGAGGCUUGACCUUUUGCUGUGAGUAGAUUUAGAGGCAGUUGUUCCAAGUGAAUUUGGCCUCAGUACAGAGAAUCAGGACAAAAGCUCUGGUAUUCCCUGUAGAGAGGCUCUGUCCUGCUUUGCUCCAGCCACUCACACACAGUUAAUAAAGGGCUGAAGCUCCUCCCUUCCCAGAGCCGCUGUGCUGGGGACGCUGUCUGCAGCCCGAGUCCCAGAGAUUGGUGUGAGCAGUCAGAUAAGGCUGAUCUGGGAGGCGGAGGAGAUGGCCAUGACACAAGGUGUUGUCAGGAGGAGAUGACUGUAACACAAGGUGUCUUCAGGCAGCUCCUUUGUGUGUAGGCUGCAGAGAGCCAUCCUGCGUGGGAGGUUGUGUUGUUUAAACACAUGGUGUCUUCUUUGUCUGCACUGGAUCGAGCAGGGUUUGUUUCUCUGUGUUCUCCAGGUGAGCUCACACCCUCUUUAAGAAAAGGGGUCUUGUGGAUGUUGGAAGCAAGGUCUGUCAAACAUUCUUAAAUGGUGAUGCUAGAGAAAAGCCAGCCCCCUGUAACGUCCCUAAAAGCCGACUCAGCCACUAAGUAUACAUUUGACUUGCUUCUACUUUUUUCUAGUUAAUCAGUGUGAUUUAAAUGUCUUUAGCUGAUGUGAGGACUUUUUAAAAGGCAUUAGUUUGUGGUGCAGCUCCGUGGGACAGGCUGUGUAAUAAGAAACCUCAGAAGCCAGGCUUCCGGGGGGCCGGUGUGUGUGUGUGCAGGGUGCAUCCAGGCCAGCCUUUCAGUGGAUUCCUAUUCUCAUUUUGUAAUUGAAUGGUAUAUUACAUUAUAUGUAAGUGCAUACAUAUAAGGUGGAACUUUUCUCAAUAUAAAAAAAGAAAGAAAGAAGAAUGAAAAAGAAAUCCUUUUGUUUUCCUGUGAGCUCGCUUCUUGGGGAGGACUACAGGGCUCCCCAUGUAAAAUGGCUGUUGACUCCUCUAGCAGAAUGGCCUCCAAGGUCUGGCCUGCUCCUGGGAUUCCCUUUGAAGUGAGAGGUCAUUGUCUUUUGAGAAUGGAUUUAAGUUUUGAAAAUACCCCACAUUGUUCACAGCACAAGGGAACGAACAUAGGGCAACUAGUCCGAAUCAGAGUCCCAGGGCCAUCGAGAUGACUUGGUGAAAAGGCACUGCCACCAAAGCCAAGACCUGAGUUUGAUCCCCAGGAGCCCCAUAGUAGGAGAGAGCCAACUGCAGCAAGUUGUCCUCUGACUCAAACACACACACACACACACACACACACACACACACACGCACACACGCACACACA